AUGAGCGAAUUCGAUAAACAAUUUAAAGUAUAUAAAGCAGAUUUUGAUAAGAUUACGAAACGCAUUUUACAAAAUAGACCGUUGUCUUCGAAUGCGAAAAAAUUAAACGAAUACAAAUAUUCGCUUAUCACAGCUUACAAUAAUAUUUUAUUACUAGUUAUUGGUAAUAGUUCGGCCCAUACCUGUAAUCUCAAAGAAGUCCAAGUUAAAUUAGCUCGUUGCAAGGAACAGUUAGCAAAGUGCUUUAAUAAACUGAAUUGUCGCGUUAGGAUUCCACCUGAUAGCUUGUCGCUAAUUUGCCAAUCAGACUUAGCUGACUCUGAGUCAGAAGAAGAAUUUAGUGACGCCAAGUCAGAAGCUUCGGUACAAUUCAGUCUUAAAAGAAGUACUUCACUUCCAUCCUUUAAAGAUCUGCUAACAGUAUCCGACGAGCCGUCAACAGCUACCAGUUCACCAAAUAUUUCUACAUUUCUUCAAGAAUUUUUAGACAUGGCUACCCCUGAACAGAAAAAAUCGUUUAUUAGUCUUUGUGCCUCAAUCAUUAGGGAAAAUUACAAUGGAGAUCCGCUAGCACUUGAAUCGUUUAUAGACAAAAUUAAUUUAAUUGAAGAUUUUGCAGAUGAAAACUUAAAUACGACUUUUAUAUCAUUAUUGAAAUCGAAACUCGAAGGCAAGGCACGUGAAGCAAUUCCAACAGAAGUUAGUUCAGUUAGGCAAAUAAAAGUUGCGUUGAGAAAUAGAAUAAAGCCAGACAACUCGAAAGUUGUAGCUGGGAAAAUUGCAUCUUUACAUGUCAUAAACAACAAUUAUACGGAAUUUGCUAAGCGUGUCGAGGAGCUUUCGGAUGCUUUAGAGCGCUCUUUGAUCAUUGAAGGUAUGAUACAGUCUAAGGCUCAUGAAAUGGCAAUCGAGCAAACAGUUAACGUUUGUAGACUUAAUACUCGGUCGAAUUUGGUCAAAUCAAUUUUAUCGUCAACUACCUUCAGUGAUUCAAAGGACGUAGCGGCAAAAAUGAUAGUCGAACAAAAUAAUCAAGUGAAAGAGCGACAAGUGUACAAUAAUAACGCUGAUAACAGUAGGUACAGCAAUAACGGUUCAAGGCAUAACGGUAACAAUUUCAAUAAUAAUAGUAAUCGGUCAUCAGACAACAAUCGAAACAAUAACAGCAACAAUAAUAGUAAUAGACGUCCAAAUUCACGCAGUAAUACUAAUGUGCGCGCUUAA